AUGGGCCGCAUCCCGGAAGUGUUGACGCCCGGAUGAAAUAUGACGUAACACCCAUAGAACAAACAAAACAAGUGGGAGUUCUCAAGAGGUUUUCCAGAAUGAAGCGGUUGUGUCCUCCGUCAGAUUCCUCUGCAAGUUGUGAAAAAAAGAUCAAAUUCUCCCAAUCUGAGCUCCAGAUGCUGGUAGAAGAGGAAGUCCAAAAAGCGAUGCAAAAGAUUGCCACCAAGAUGCAUAUUUUAGAUGAAAGUAUUCAACAGCUUCAAAAAGAUAUGGGUUUUGAAGAAUCUAUCCAAAAACUUGAGGAACGUAUUGAGAAAAUCACAAGGAGAGCAGAAAAAGCACUCACAGCCAUAAAGUCAGACAAAAAGUUUCAGACUUCGCUGCCAUCUUAUGAUGAUGAUGAUGAAGUCAUUACCAGCAUGGAUUGUGACGAUGAAACUGAGUCACAAAAAAUAAACAUGAGCCGAAUGAAGAAGGAAAGACAAGAAAAUAAAAACGAUGGGCUGGAUACUACCGAAAAUAUUCAAAAGGAGUUGAAUAAAAGUAAACAAGGGCUACCACCUAUGCUGAGCGCCUUAGCAGACCUAUGUAAGAGUUGCUCUCCUCCUAUUCCUGAAAGUGAGAAUGAGUCUUGGUAUCCUCCUCUCCCGAUCAACCCUUUACCGUCCAACUUGAGCAUGGAGGCUGUGUCGUACAACAUCCCCCAAAAAGUGACCGUCCACCUGGCUCUUAUUGAGCACCCCGCGGGCCUCUCUGUGAUGUGGACAGGAGAAGAAGAUGAGCUCUCUUUACCACCAAUGCAGAGUUACAGUGUCUUCCUAACCAUGGAAAAGGUCAAGGGGAGUGGAAUUUUCCCAGCGUGGCGACUCUUGGGCAGUGUGGAUGCCAAAUCUCUGCCCAUGUGGGUGUCCAUCACAAAGUACAAACCAGGGCACGAGCUGUGUGUCGCUGUGGUAGGCAAAGACAUUUAUGGCCGCUACGGACCCUAUAGUGACGUUGUCGCAGCAGUUCUACCUGAAUAGCCCCAAAACCGGAACCAGAGGAGCUCAACGAAUCAAAGGAGGGACCCACCUAUGAAUUACAUCACAGCCAGAUUAGACGUAGAUGUUCUGUUUUACUGCUCUAUGCAUUUUAUGCAGUAUUUACCAAUGGCAAGGCAUGCAGAGAAGGCCUUGCUGGCUCUGCCAGCAGAAUCGGUUUUAUUUUUUUUAUGUUGUCAACACUGGUUGUGAAUUCUAUGUUGUUUAAUGUGUGUGUGGGGUUUUUUUUCUUCUAAUUAAACAAACUGCACUUUAAUGAA